GUUCUUCCGCGCUGGUCCGCAGUCUCCGCCCCUCCGCGGGUCUGGAGAGCUGCCAUUCGGCCCUGGAGCCGCUCCGCGCUCCCAGAAUGCACCGGCAGUCCGCGGGAAACCAAAAUGGCGAAGGGCUGUAGCCAAGUGGUCCGUGCUUGAGGCCAGUGUGGGAACGCUCACCUCCCCCCUCCCCAGCCUCGUCCCCGAGGACCUCGGAGUGUGCGUGCGGAUGCACGGGUUUCCCGGCGGGGCGGGGGCCCAGUGAGAGCCCGGACGCGCGGGGAAGCGCCCACGGGGACCUGAUUGCUUCUGUUUUCCUGUAUGAAGCGGUUGGCACCACUGAAGUGACCGAAUGAGAGACUCUACAGGAGCAGGUAAUUCACUGGUCCACAAGCGGUCUCCUUUACGUCGAAACCAAAAGACCCCAACAUCCUUGACCAAGCUGUCUUUACAGGAUGGACAUAAAGCCAAAAAGCCAGCAUGUAAAUUUGAAGAGGGUCAGGAUGUCCUAGCUAGAUGGUCAGAUGGCUUGUUUUAUCUUGGAACUAUCAAAAAGAUAAACAUAUUGAAACAGAGCUGCUUCAUCAUAUUUGAAGACAGUUCUAAAUCCUGGGUUCUCUGGAAGGACAUCCAAACAGGAGCCAGUGGAAGUGGGGAAAUGGUCUGUACAAUAUGUCAAGAAGAGUAUUCAGAAGCUCCCAAUGAAAUGGUCAUUUGUGAUAAGUGUGGUCAAGGGUAUCAUCAGUUGUGUCAUACACCUCAUAUUGAUUCGAGUGUGAUUGAUUCAGAUGAAAAAUGGCUCUGUCGACAGUGUGUUUUUGCAACAACAACAAAGAGGGGUGGUGCGCUUAAGAAAGGACCAAAUGCCAAAGCAUUGCAAGUCAUGAAGCAGACAUUACCCUAUAGUGUGGCAGACCUUGAAUGGGAUGCAGGUCAUAAAACCAAUGUCCAGCAGUGUUACUGCUACUGUGGAGGCCCUGGAGACUGGUAUUUAAAGAUGCUGCAGUGCUGCAAAUGUAAGCAGUGGUUUCACGAGGCUUGUGUGCAAUGCCUUCAAAAGCCAAUGCUGUUUGGAGAUAGGGUAGAUAUAGCACACCUAUGCCUUUACAACCUAAGUGUUAUUCACAAGAAGAAAUACUUUGAUUCUGAACUUGAGCUUAUGACAUACAUUAAUGAAAACUGGGAUAGAUUGCACCCUGGAGAGCUGGCAGACACACCAAAAUCUGAAAGAUAUGAGCAUGUUCUGGAGGCAUUAAAUGAUUACAAGACCAUGUUUAUGUCUGGGAAAGAAAUAAAGAAGAAGAAGCAUUUGUUUGGGUUGCGAAUUCGUGUUCCUCCUGUGCCACCAAAUGUGGCUUUCAAAGCAGAGAAAGAACCUGAAGGAACAUCCCAUGAAUUUAAAAUUAAAGGCAGAAAGGCAUCCAAACCCAUAUGUGAUUCAAGGGAGGUAAGCAAUGGAAUAGAAAAGAAAGGAAAGAAAAAAUCUGUAGGUCGUCCUCCUGGCCCAUAUACAAGAAAAAUGAUUCAAAAAACCGCUGAGCCACCGUUGGAUAAGGAAUCAGUUUCAGAGAAUCCUACGUUGGAUUUACCUUGUUCUAUAGGGAGAACUGAGGGAACUGCACAUUCAUCCAAUACCUCAGAUGUGGACUUCACGGGUGCUUCCAGUGCAAAAGAAACUACCUCGUCUAGCAUUUCCAGGCAUUAUGGAUUAUCUGACUCUAGAAAACGAACUCGCACAGGCAGAUCUUGGCCUGCUGCAAUACCACACUUGCGAAGAAGAAGAGGCCGCCUUCCAAGAAGAGCACUCCAGACUCAGAACUCAGAAGUCGUAAAAGAUGACGAAGGGAAAGAAGAUUAUCAAUUUGAAGAACUCAACACAGAAAUCCUGAAUAACUUAUCAGAUCAGGAGUUACAACUCAAUCACCUGAAAAACUCCAUUACUAGUUACUUUGGUGCUGCAGGUAGAAUAGCUUGUGGCGAAAAAUACCGAGUUUUGGCUCGUCGGGUGACUCUUGAUGGAAAGGUGCAGUAUCUUGUGGAAUGGGAAGGAGCGACUGCAUCCUGACUGUAGGACUGCACAUUAUGUGCACUGCACUCAUUUUCUCUCGGUACAGUUCAGAGCCCUAAGAGUCUGGCUUUUGCUAUCUUUCUUAAAAAAACAAAAAACACAAAAAAAUUCGCAAAAGAAGAUGAUGCUAGCCUUAACAUGUACUUGUCAAUGUUAUGGAUAUUGUCAUAAAAGAUAUCUUUUAAAAAUCAGAAGAGAGACUUAAUUUUUUAAAUCUUGAGAUUUGUAGAAUGUUUCUAGGAUAGGAUACUAAAAAUGAGUCAAACCCAUGCAUGGUGUUAGAAAUUUUUCUAAUUAUUCCAUUGAGUCAAUUUUUGUGAUUAGUGAUUAUCAGAGCAAACAGAUCAUGUAGAUAGCACAAGUAUUUGGAAAAAAACAUUGUGUGUUUUGUUACCAAAAUGUCGGAAAAAUUUAUUUCCAUACCCUUUAGAUUUCAUAAAGUGCAGUGUAUAUAAUGCCUACUGAAAGACUGUAAAAUAUUGAAAUUUUCUUUCAAGCAAAAUGUAAAAAAUAUAUUGAGCCUGUAAAUUGCUCCGUGACUAGACUUCAUUGUCGUCUUAAUAUAUUCUUUGCAUGUACAUAUAUAUGCACAUAUGUGUAUAUAUAUGUGUGUGAUUAUGUGACCUAUGCAAUACAAAUUAUGGGAAUGGGCAGCUUUGGAGUAUCUAUCCCAUAAUUCUUAUUUCAGGAAUAGUUGCAGUAUUUACACAGCAGCAUUUCUUCUCAGGCUUUUAUUGGGUGCUGUUGCUUGCUAUGUAUGAAGAGAAAUGUGUCGAACAGUUUAGUGUGUACUGGGGAAGGGUGUGAACAACAGUGUUCCUGGGCUUUUAGAAUGCUUUUCACUUUUAGUCCUUGUAACAGCUGUUCAAUACCUAAAACAAAUUCAAAUAUCAACAUUAUCUCCUAGUAAAAGUGACAUUUUUCAAAUUGUCAUGGCACAUUAUGAUUGUAAAUGUCUCUCAGUUUUAACAUUAAGUCUGUAGGAGUCCCGUGAAGAUUCCUGAAAUGUCUGUAGUAAUUGUUAGUCAUGUUUGAAUAAGUGUAGUAUGAACAAAGUAUUUUAUUGCACAGGGUUAACAAACAGUAUGUUGCUAGCUGAGGCUACUGCUGUUUUAUUACAACAUUACCUCUUG